UUAUGAUACUUCUGUAUCCCGGAGAAACCCUAAUUCUGACUCUUGACCAAAUAUUUCCCGCUCUCACCAUUCCCUCUGCCUCUCGAGAAAUUCCCUCUGCCUCUCGAGUAACCUUUAAUAGAAGUACUUGCUUUUAACUCGUUGUAACCACAAACCAACAGAAGAAGAAGGUGUUUGAUUGAAUUCCGCUAUGGAAACUGCAUCGCAUGUGACGAAAAAGAUGGGUGAGCUUAACCCAAAAUACAUAGAUAUAGAUUUUCCACCACAUGAUCUGCAUAUGGAAGAAGACUCUGACAGUGAAGAAGAAGUUUGGAUUUCAAAGUCCCCCAAGAGAAGAGAUUUAAGUAAUAUGUAUGUGGCGGGAGAGGAAGAUUUUUCUCCUCAGGAACUCGGUCCAUGCACUCUGUCCGUGUGGAAUUACAAGAAUGGCAAAACGGAGAUGGCCACUCUGAAGGGUAAGUAUAAAGUAGCUGAUAGAAACCAUUCGACCAAUUGGGGUUCCUGGAGGAAAGAUCAUCAGCGAGGUUUCAAGGGAUGGAAGCAGGUUACAGGGAACAGUUAUUGCACAAGAACUGCUGCAAGUCACCAAAAAAGAAGAAGAAAGCAACCUGAAGCUGAUAGGUUUGAGGAUGUCGAAGCUCUCAUAGGUGAGUACUUCAGCUUUGCCAAUCUUCUCAGUGCAUAAAGACGUGGAGUAUCAUACAGAAAACCUGCAGCAACAGAGGAGCUUGCUCCAUGCAUUGUUAUGUCUGUUCUUCCUUGCUAUAAACCUAUUCUUCAGAAUUUUCACUUGUUUCUGUCACACAUUGAUAGAGGAAGCACCUCAUCUCGAGCAGUGUAUGGAGAGUCGGUAUCAAGAUCCACUAGAGUCUUUAUUUUUUUCUCAUUCGUUGUGUAUGCCCAUAAUUAUUUUGUGGGAUUUGCAUCCCGUCUUUAUGGAGAUGGAGAUGCUUGAAAAGCUGGGCUUCCACCAGCUGAGGUCGUUGAAGAUGGGAAGGUAAAUCCUCGUUUCCCUCCGUGUCUGUCUUCUGCAGCUUGAUGCCAAGUUUUGGUUGGUUCGUCUCUUUAUAAUGUUUUCGAGAUUCUCCGCUUGUUUGGACAAGAGAUUCGUGCCUGUAUUUUGUUAGAUGUUUUUCAUCUAUACUAAUAUAUAUCCAUGUGCUUCGUAUUUUCAAAGGUGCAUGCAUGAAGAAGUUCAAGACACAUUUACGAUGCCUGACUAGAUGUAGGUGUAGUUUUGCACCAACGCCCCAUCUCAAGUAUGCUUUUUGUUUUCUUUCUUUCCCCCUUCAAACUUGGUUAAUUACUGUAAUUGGGAUUGUUAGAGAAGUGAAAUCAUUUUGGUCCAUGAUCAGGUUGGGCUUCAAACUUGUCUCUUGUUACAUGUAUAUAUUUCUUCUCUGGAAGAGACUAUUUUAGAACAAUGAUUUGGUUUAAUGUCGUUGUAUGAACCAUACCAGACACUGAACUUCACUAAUUUUGCUGAUGUAGGAUAUCUUGACCAAGUUACCUUUGUUUGACAUGAAUCAAACCUCUUUCUACUUCUAGUUUGUUUCUUGAUUAAUGAUUUCCUUUUUCUAGUUCUAGCUGGCGCACGGGCUCAGAUUGGUUUUCCCAAUCAAAAAAAUUCUGGUAAAUUUUCAUUUUCUUGAAGGAUCUUGCUAUGUUGUCUUUCGCUUUGUUUUUUGGCGUUGUUACAUUUUGAGCUUAGAAAUUCUGGCUUCAACUCUGGUUGCUUUCAUCAUGAUGCCAAUUAGUGUGUUGUGCAUUGAAUGUAGGAUAAAACCCCAUAUAAGAUGUUGGGUGUGACUGGUGCUACGAAGGUGCUCAAUUGAAAUGUUAUAUAAAUUGCUCUAGAACUACACCUCAAGGGUACUUUAUUAAUUACCGUAGUUGGGGAUUGUUAGAGAAGUAAAAUCAUUCUGGUCCAUGAUUAAAAUGGAUGUCUAAACCAAGUCACCUAUGUUUGACACGAACCAGAAAAUAAAACACUUUCUGUGGAAGUGUAUGCAGGACUGUGUUUCUGUUAGAAGCAAAGUUUCUAGGUAUGUUUCUGCUAUUCCUAGUGAAUGUCCUUGUUGUCAUAGGGAUACUGAAACUUCAAGCCAUCUUUUCAUUGAUUGUGAGAUUACUAAAAGACUGUGGUUUGCCUUAGACUCUAAUAUUGCAGGUAAUAUUGGUAAUAUGAAUAUGCAGGAAUGGAUUACUAGUUGGUUUCAACCUACUGGUAAUCAAAGAGAGGUUCAGGUGAAUUUAAUCACUUUUGUUGGCUUUGCUAUUUGGCAAAUAUGGAAUCUCAGAUGCAAUGUUGUUUUUAACAAUGCACAAGUUCAGGUGAACAAUCUGGUAAGUCAGGUUAACAAUGAUGUCAAUGAAUGGAAUGCAAAUUCCAUGAGAAUAUUAGCAGGUAGAAAUAAUACAGGGCAGAGCAGAAUUGUAACACCAUGGAGUUUACCAGUUAAUGGUUUUCAGAAAUUGAAUUUUGAUGCAGCUUUCCUGAAAGACAGUAGGUAUAUGGGAAUUGGACUAAUUGCUUUUAAUGAUGCAGGAAUUCGUAGGGGUGCUCAAUCAAUCCAUGGAAUAGCGAAUGAUGAGGAGCAGGCUGAGGCCUUGGCAGCACUUGCAGCAAUAAAGUGGGCGAAGGCUGAGGCAGUGCAGAAUCUGCAUUUGGAGGGUGACUGCCUGAAUGUAGUGAAUGCCAUAAAUGGUAGUUUAGGAUCUGUCAAGUGGACAAAUAAUAAUGUAAUCCAGGAUUGCAGGAAGUUGUUAGAAGGUUUUACGAAUUGGAUAUGCACAUUUGUGCACAGGGAAUCAAAUGAAGUAGCUAAUAACUUGGCCAAAAAAGCUAGGAAUCUUAGAACUUCUGAAACUUGUAACUCUGUACUUCCACUAUGGUUGAAAUCUCUUAUAAGAGAUAAACUCAAUGUAAACCUUGAUUAAUUCUAUCAAUGAAAUUAUUUCUCUUUUCCUAUUAAAA